GAAUUCGGAAGAACUACUGCUUUUUUUACAAUCACUGAUAUGAUUCUUAUGUCUUUUUCUAAUUAUCUCUUCAUAUUUGACGUAUUCAUAUGUCGCUUUCAGGAUGAGCCCUCACAAAACAUCAAACUAAAUGUGUGGAUGAUCCAGAAAUGGAAAGAUGAAUAUCUAACAUGGGAUCCGCGUGACUACGGAAUGAUUAAUUCUACAAUCAUCCCAUUCAAGUAUCUGUGGAUACCGGAUACUUACUUAUAUAAUAGUGUGAAGAUGAGCCGCGAUGAAACCGAACGGUACAUGAACAUUCAGGUGGAGUCGCAACACUGGAAAGGGGAGAACGGAUCACAAUUGUCGUUCCUGUACCCGGCUAUUUAUACCAUUACAUGCAGACUUAACAUAAGGUUCUUCCCAUAUGAUCGGCAAAACUGCACGUUAACAAUAUCAAGCUGGACGAAUUCUAAGUCAGCCCUGGAUUAUUACGCAGAUCCAGAAGUAAAUCUCGCCUCCUUCAUUCCUAACGAGGAAUGGGAUGUUAAAUCUUUCAAGAUUUUCCGACAUGAGGUAUUUUGAGU